AGGGGCAGGGGCGAGCGCACCGGAGCAUCUCAGCCCGGCACAGCAUCCCAGCCAGCCUGAGCCCCCCUCUGUCCCCACCCCGCCCCGAGCGCAGACAGCCCCCCAAAAAAAAGAGAAAACAGAAAAACAGAGAGGAGGAAAAAAAAGUUUUAAAUUAUCCCGCCUCCCUUCUUGCUUUUGUUGUUGUUGUUUGGGUUUUUGGUUUUUUGUUUGAUUUUUUUUUUUUUUGGUAGUUUGUUUUGUUGUGGUUUUGGGUUUGGUUUUUGUUGUUUUGUUUUGUUUUGUUUUGCUUUAGCGAUGGCAAAUUCCUUCACGGCCAGGAGCUGGCCCAUCCCCUGAGCAAAGGCAGCCUGGACAUGACCGGCAGGCGAGGGAGGAGGAAUUUGGAUUCCCUUCGGAGGCGCCCACCCCUCCCGCGGCCGGGGGGAGCCAGCGCGGGCGGCGGGGCCGCACCGCUCCCCGCGGCCACUGUCCCCCCGCGGGGAUGCGGCAUCGCCAGCGCCGGGACGGAGCCCUGCUGCAAUGAGAUCUGAGCCUUGAUGUGAAGGCAUCAACCAAAAUAUCUGCAGAGAGAUCUGUGCUUCAGCCCUAAUCACAGUGUUAACGAGCAAACCUUGUCCAAAAUUAGGAGAGAAGAUGGCCUUCAACUGGAAGUUCUGCUUCUUCAGCCUCGUAUUGCUUCCUGUGGUUGCAGCAACCCAUUCCAACUGCAUCAUCAAAAAGGAGCAAGAGACUUGUCUGGAGAAGAUCCGGAGGGCGACGGCCCUGAACCCUCUCAAUGACUCUUCUCCAGGUUGCCCAGGAAUGUGGGACAAUAUCACAUGCUGGAAACCUGCAAGUGUGGGAGAAAUUGUCUUUGUCAAGUGUCCUGCACUGUUCAGAUUUAUCAUCUCUGAAGAUGGUUGGGAAGUGGAUAAUUUGGGGCAAACCCAUGCAGGUGAUUAUGACUUGCUGGAAAGCACAGCCCAGUCCCUCCUAGGGGACAUCAGCAGGAAUUGCACUGAAGAUGGCUGGUCUGAACCUUUCCCUCAUUAUUAUGAUGCCUGUGGCUUCGAUGAGAACGAAACAGAGUCCGAUAACCAGGAUUACUACUAUCUCUCGGUGAAGGCUCUGUACACGGUGGGAUACAGCACGUCCUUGGUUUCCCUCACCACUGCCAUGGUCAUCCUGUGUCGCUUCAGGAAGCUUCACUGCACUCGGAAUUUCAUCCACAUGAACCUUUUUGUUUCAUUCAUCCUCCGUGCAAUCUCUGUGUUCAUUAAGGACGGGGUUCUUUAUGCUGAGCAGGACGGAAACCACUGUUUUAUCUCCACGGUGGAAUGCAAAGCAGUGAUGGUGUUCUUUCACUACUGUGUCAUGUCCAACUACUUCUGGCUGUUCAUCGAGGGGUUGUACCUCUUCACUUUGUUGGUGGAAACCUUCUUCCCGGAGAGGAGAUAUUUCUACUGGUACACAAUCAUCGGCUGGGGUACCCCAACCAUUUGUGUCACUGUCUGGGCAGUGCUGAGGCUUCACUUCGAUGACACUGGCUGCUGGGACAUGAAUGACAACACUGCCUUGUGGUGGGUGAUCAAGGGUCCCGUGGUUGGGUCAAUCAUGAUAAAUUUUGUGCUUUUUAUUGGCAUAAUUGUGAUACUUGUGCAGAAACUCCAAUCACCUGAUAUCGGGGGCAAUGAAUCCAGCAUUUACUUGAGACUGGCUCGUUCCACCCUGCUGCUGAUCCCUUUGUUUGGAAUUCACUACACGGUGUUUGCCUUUUCUCCUGAGAAUGUCAGUAAGCGGGAGAGGCUGGUGUUUGAAUUGGGACUGGGAUCCUUCCAGGGUUUUGUUGUUGCUGUUCUCUACUGCUUCUUGAAUGGGGAGUUUCUCCCUAAAGGUGCAAUCAGAAAUAAAGAGAAAAUGGAGGAGCUGGAAAGUCAACCGGUAUUUUGCUGUGGAUUUCAAACAUCGCCAUCCUUCUCUAGCGAGCAGCGGAGUGAACGGGGGGACACAACUCUCCAUUCUGAGCAAGAGCAGCUCUCAGAUUCGGAUGUCCAGCAUAAAUGCGGAGAACCUGGCGACAUGAGCAGCUGAGGAGAGCAAAGUAACCAACGAGCAAACCAAAAACCAUCCCUUGAAAAAGAAAAAAAAUGAAAAAAUAGUUUUGGUGGUGGUGCAGGUCUCUCCUCUCCUCUCCUCUCCUCUCCUCUCCUCUCCUCUCCUCUCCUCUCCUCUCCUCUCCUCUCCUCUCCUCUCCUCUCCUCUCCUCUCCUCUCCUCUCCUCUCCUCUCCUCUCCUCUCCUCUCCUCCUCCUCUCCUCUCCUCUCCUCUCCUCUCCUCUCCUCUCCUCAGUCCUCUCCUCUCCUCUCCUCUCCUCUCCUCUCCUCUCCUCUCCUCUCCUCUCCUCUCCUCUCCUCUCCUCUUCUCUCCUCUCCUCUCCUCUCCUCCUUUGAGCAGAAAAAGCAAAGGAAAAGUGUAAAUAUCUGUUUUUAACAGUCACUGUAAAUACCCAGCUGCACUCAAGGCCAUCAAUGGAGAAUGUUCAGAAGACAAACAAGAGGCCAACCUCACCCACUCAACUAUUCCCAUUUCAGAGCAUCUGCGAGUAAUCCGUGUCCGUCCAAAGUAACAAGUGAUUGCUGUGCAGUUGUGAUCCUCGGUUGCCAAACUGAUCCUAGUCUGUGAAUGGACAUGACUGUUGUCAUUCUUCAACUUUGUUUCCAUUUUGGGUUGGAUUUGCCUAUUUUUUAUUUAUUUUUUUUUUUUUUUUUCCCUAGUCCAACAUGUCUUAGCCUGUCCCUGUCUUUUGGCACAUGAAUUUCUGCGGUGUUUCUCUUUGGAGUCUUAGGAUGGAGCUAACGUGCUUGGGUUGAUCAAUCCAGCUGAUUCGGGAGGAUCUUGAGAAAAUUAAGUCUGUAGCUGGAUUCAGUCAGAUGAUCCCAAUGGAUUUAAAGGAACAGCCAAUGUGAAACUGCACAUCAGUGCAGUAACUUCAGGCGAGAGCAGUGGGAUCUGCUGUGCUUUUCCCUACCCAGGGACACUCCCAGGAAUGCAUUCUGUUCUAGCUAAGCUGUGAAUUUUCUAAAAGGGCCAUGCAGUUGAGAUAUAGCUCUAUUUUUGGCAUCGAAUGAUAGAUUGGUCAUUUGGACUCUUUGAAUUACACAAGUAACCAUCCCUUCCCUCCCACCCUGAGAGCAAGAGUCAGUUCCAGGGCGGCCUUUCCCUCCAGGUGACCUUGAACCCUCUGCUCCAGUGGCCAGAUGUGGCGUUGGUGGUUUGGGGCAGUGCUGUCACAGAGAGCGCCGUGCCUUUGCAACCUGGUUGACUUCUGUGUGCUGACUCUUCCCUGCUGGAGCAAAGAGGCAUGAGAAGGACCUGGCAGGAUCACCCUGGAAGGCCAAAAAUCACCUGCAUUUGGUGGGAAAAAAAACAAAAAAACAACUAAACUGGACCCUAAGAUGGCACGGAAGGAAAGGAUAAAGACUUUGGAUGACUUCCCACACUUGGCAGUUCCCUCUUGGAAUAUUCCGUUUGUUUCACCACCAAUGGUCUUACUGCUUUUCUUGGAGAGGAACUCUAAUGUUCUUUCGACCUUUGCCUUGUAGUUAAAGCCACGACUGCUACGAAUCUACUUCAACCCAUUGUCGAUGAUGUCAAUUCUUGAGAGUCUUUGUACAGUGCAAAAAAAGGGUUUGAGGGCCAUCCUAGCGCUCCCUUCAUCUUGGAUUUAUGAAUUUAUGAACUGAGAAAUAUAUAUAUAUCAAAUAUAUAUAUGUGCGUGUAUGUGUGUGCAUAUAUUACAAAGACGCAAAUGGCAUUUUAAAUGUGAAGUUUUGAACUGAAACUAAUAACAACCAGGAAAUUCAAAAUUCAGGCUUGUUCUUUGGUGUUAGUGACAUGAUCAUAAACUAAAAACAGAAAAAAAAAAGUGAAAUACUCGGAAUUUUAGUGUCAGCUGAGUGUGAGCUUUUAAUUUCACUGGUUUUUGUUAGUUUAAGUAAAAAAGGAAAAAAGAUUUUUGAUGUCAUUUUAAGCAAAAAUUUUUAAAGAUAAUCCUAGUUUACUUAUUUUUAAGAGAAGAAAGAAAGAAAGGUCUCAGAAAGUUGUGAAAGAAAUAUUAAUUAUAAUAAUAUUUAACACAUAUAAUCCUUUUUGGGAAUAAUCUGCUCUUGGCUGGAGCCAUCUAAAUGAAUGUAAAUUUAAUUCAAAACAGACGGAAAUGUUGUUUGAGGUCAUAUUGGUAGAGGAUCAUGCUCUUAAGAGAUGGGGACAGCCCUGUCAUGUGAAAUCUGCCAUGACACAGAGGACCAGCAAAACACAGUUGAAAUCACUUCCAUUGUACUCCAGGUUCAUGAACGGGUUUUAUAUGAUCCAAACACCUCUGUUUUCCCAAGUCUGGAGCACUGAUUUGCUGCUCUGAGAACAGGAUUUGUUUCCCUCUUCCCAAACCUCUGCAAAAGUGAAAGUGUUUUUAACUGAUAGACUGGCCCUUUGUCUCUCUUCAGAUGCUUCUUAAAGCUCUUUUAGAAAGUUUCCCCUGGAACCAGGGGAAAUUUUGCUGUCCAGACAGAGUUGGGGAAAGGCAGAUUUGUCAAGUAAAUGCAUACUUGGACAAUUUUCUGAAGGAUGAGCUUUUACAUGGAUUAUAUUGCCAACACUGUAAAUGUAUUAUUUUUAAAAAAUCAAAAGCUAUUUUUUGCAUGAAUGGCUAUUAACCAGUUUUCAAUCAUUAAUAAAUUGUAGAGAAAAAGAUGUCAAAUAACUGCGUCUAGCUGGAGACUUUUUCUUGCUUCAGUCUAGAGCAUGAAGGUGUUUGGAAUUUUUUUUUUUUUUAAUUUAUUUUUUUGCUGUUGUUGAAUUUUUUCUGAGCUUACUUCUGGAUUUUCUUGUUUUCCUGGCCAUCCUACAGUGCUCUGCAGUCUGAGUUGGUGGAUCUCAGUCCAGUGCCUUGUGGGCAAAUGUCCACAUCACCAAAACCACCCUCCGACCCUGCACACUGGAGACCACAUCCUCAGCCAAAUUAAAUUCAGUCCAGAAAACUGCUGUUACUGUUAGAAUAAACCCACUUACCUGGAACUGGGAUUUGGCCUCAGCACAUUGUUAUUACCAUUGAAUUUUGGUGGUCCCAGCUAGAGAGUCCAAGGAUGGAAAAGUUGUGAAAUGUUGGAUUUGCUCCUUAAUUCCUUGAGCCAAUGCUCAGGAGUUUGGAGAGCAGUGAAGGGGAAAUUUCUACUGUUGCAGACAUUGUGCUUCUUGUUCAGCAGAAAAACUGAAUCUGUUCACCAGCACUGAAUUUACCAGAAGAAAUGGGAUCUUCAACAUACUAAGUAUAAAAUAUAUUAUACAAAAAAAAAAAAAAAAAAAAAGAACCAAAACCUUCUAUUAUGAUUUUAUUUAUCUAAAUAAAAGUGUUGAUUCACUGGCAGAUUUGGCUUUUCCUGAGUCACUGGACACAGUUAUGGGAUCCAGACUCUGAUGCCGUGGCACAAAUGAGCUCUCCACAAAUCUCUCUGUUGAAUGUAAGCUGCAGGUGCUGGCCAGGCGUGGCCACCCCACCGUGGCUGUUUUUCCAUUUGUUCCAGGAGGGAAGAAUCUGACAGGCAGUUUGCUUCUCUGUGUGUGUAAAUACCAACUGGGUGUAACAGUGCUUUGUUUGAUUUUUCACUGUGAAAUAUAUUUUGGAGCUAGAAAGGCUGUGUUAUUAAAAACGGUACACAAUUAAAACAAACAAACAAAAAAACAAACCCAAGUGUGCAGUGCUCCUUGAGCCAUUUUUUCUACCAUGUCCAUAACAUAUUUCCUGUCUAAUUUUCUUAUUUUUGCUUUUAUAAAUGUACAAAAAAUUUCUGUGCUUGCAGGUUUUGUGACUAUUUACUGUAUCUAACCACUGUUUUGGUUAUUGAUUUGUCAGUGUGGAGUGCUGGUACUGCAGGACAGUUCACAUCCCAAAAAUGGAAGCUACAACCUAGAUUGUAAAGGAUGAGGCUGUUUCGUUGCUGCAUGGCCAUGUCACCUCCUUUUACUUUCACUUCUAGAAUUUCUGGAACCCAGAGCCCAGGCAGAGAGCCUUAAAUGCUUAGUUCUGGCAAGUUUUGAAUCGUAGAGGAAAAACACCCAAGUUCCUCUGCAUCAUUCAAGUAUUCACAUUUGAAAGCCAGGUGUUAAAAUGGAGUAGUAGGAGAAGGAAUGGAGACAGGUUGGUCCAGAGGAAAAUGCAGUUUGGAAGUUCAAUCCAGACACUUUACUGGGCAUUUGGCUCCUCCUUUUCAGCAUCUGUCUCUCAUUGCACCUUAAGGACAGUGCCUUGCAAUGACAAGGCUAAAUAACAUCCCGCAGUGGGCAAGAACUGAUAAUUUGAGUUUACCUUUGCAAAGAUGACUCUCCCUGGACACUCUCCUUCUCUCUUAUCAGUAAGACUGAGACACCUUCCAGAAGAGAAUGAAGUUCAAAAAAAAUCAACAUCCAAGGCUGGAGGUGACCUGAAUGACAAAUUUGGUUCAACCUUUCAUGAGAAAGGGAGCCAAGAUGAGUUUAUCCAACACCCUGCCCAGUCACCUCUUGAAAACCUCCUCCAAUAGGGACCACACCACACCUCUGGGGAGGUUGUUCCCACAAAUGGCUGUUCUCACUCUAAAAUAUUUCUUUCUUAUAUCAAGCUGAUCCCUCUCCUGGUGCAGCUUGUCACCCUCGUAUUCUCCAUGUGAAUCCUUGUGAAAAGGAGAACCUUCGUCCUCAUUCUGACCACUCCUUUAGUACUGGAACAGUUUGGUGAGGUCACCAGUGAGGCUUCUUUUUUUCCAGGGGAAAAAAUUUCUUCAGUUUUUCUUCACUCGCCCCAUUGUCCAUCGCUCUGAUGGUCUUCAUGCUCCUCUUUUUGACCUUCUCCGCUCUGGACACUUCUUUCUUGCAUUUUGAGCACCAGGAUGAGUUCUCAAAUCACAAGGUAGAGUUUCUUGGACUCAUGCUGAAAACUUGAUCAUGAGACUCUGAUCCUCCUCAGCAGUGACAGAAGGAUUAGUUGUCAUAAUUUGCCUUGCCUGUGCAUUAUAAAAUUGUGGCUUUUCAUAAUAUUUUCGUAUCAAAGAUGGAUGAAAUUCUGCUUCUGAGUAUCAGGAUAGAUCCAAUGCUUGCAUAUGAAGGGACCUCUGGCCAGCUCAAAAAUUCAGGGUUUUUUCAAAAGUCCUGUGGACAAAAGAAACCAGUAACAAAAAAUAGGCAAAGCCAAACUGAUCAAGAACAAAACAUAUUGACUCUAUAUGAAGGGAACUCUUUAAUUGCCAUUAUUUUCAUAUUAUUUUACUCCCAUUCCGAAGCUGAUCACCUCUCCUUUUAAAAUUCAGCACCGUUUUUUUUUUUACCUUCUCUUUCCACUGGAAAUUUACUGUAAAACAUUUCUGGCAGUUAAAAACCUUUAGCUGAACCUGGAGUUGAAAUAACUCCUGGUUCAUUUGGAUUCCUUGUCAUACUGAUCUUGCUUCCAGUUUCCUUCUCUUUUCCUGAGAUAUAAACAGCUUUAUUUCACAUGAAGUCAACCAUUUGUCUUUGAUCAUACUGCUGCAAGAUAAGACUAAAAAUAAUCAUGAUAUUAAGCUGCAUUUCUCUCAGCUGUAACCCAAAUUUGGGCAGCAAAACCAAGGCAAAGAAUAAAAUACAGACAUGGAUCCAUUAAGAAUAGUAGGAAAAUUACCUGGAAGCAGCAGGCCAAGCAUCCUGGGGGAAAAAAGGAAAUAAAAAAGGAACAAUAAAAAUUGAGAGAAAGAUUUCCAGUUCUUGAAAGUGUAUAAAUGAGAUUUGAGGGUUGAGCAAGUUUUGUUCAGCCAAACCUAAAGGGAAAAUAACUCCAAUAUUUUGUUUUCCUGUUUUCAAUUAUAAUCUUGCAAGGGAAGCUUUUCCAAUCAAAUGAACAGGACACACAUCCAGUCAAAGUACGGAAAUCUUCAUUAAAAUUGGUUAAAAUACUUGGAUGGUGUCAGCUUGGGAGGUUCCAGUGCUUUUGUCUGACACUACUACUAAACCUCUACAAAAUCUGGCCUGUGAACCAUACAAAUACAAAUACCAGCUUUACACUAUUUGUCCAGCCCAGUCUUGACAGAAAUUGGAUCUCAAAUUUUCAGGCUUAAAAAAAAAAAUAAAAAAAAGAGCAAACCCCAUUACCCCAUUAAUUUAAUUGGUGUUAUUUGCCAAUAUUUGACCUUGGUUUUCAGUAGUGUUUCAAAUACAAUUGCCCAUGUCAGAAGUUUUCAGUCUGUGGCCAGUGGAGGCUUCAGAGCCCAGAAAUGGUUUUUGAAAUGUCCAUGGGUGAUUAUUAAGGAAAAUAAAUUCAUUCUUUGUACAGCAAUAGUCUUUAAGGCUACUGAAGAGCUUUAGUCCUUUCUGUAUUUCUGCAAAGGCUCCCACAGAUCAAAAACCUGGAAAACCAAAUAAAUUAAGAAUUUCCCCAUAAGACUAUGUGAUUCCAUGAUACCAGGCUUUCUCUUUUGUUCUGAGAUCUUUCUCAUGUGGGCAAGGCUUCCAGAGCAAGGUGUGCUUAUACUAUUUACCUUGUGCUUCUCCUGCUCUGCUGGGUGACACUGCAGGGCAGUGACUGUGACCUCAGCUGAGCCGUCACAGCACGGGAGGGCUGAAGGGUUGGGAAGAACAGGAAAUGUGGACACUACAUGGGAUCCUGCUCAGCAUCCAGACAGGAUUAGUGACUGCUCUAGUUCCCAAGUCAUAUCUGUGGAUAUCUGGGAAACAGAUAAACUCUCAGAGUGGGAUUCAGUGCAGACUCAGGCUUUAUAAUCUCAGUGGAGGCAGUAUUCCUUGGGUUCUUGUUUCUGCAACUGUAGAAACGUACAUGAUGCAAAAAUACAACCAAAUAUCUGUUCUCAAGUAGCUUUCUUCCUGAGGAGUUAAAUAUUAAGGGCUAUAUUAGAUAUGUGUCCCUUUCAACAGCUGGCACUGCUGGCAUUAGGUGUUCUGGCUCAGAGUUAAACCUCUGGAGGAGAUCUUGUGCUCCUGAGCAGGCUAAGGACACACUCACAUCACUUAAACACCAGAAGUGAAGGUUCCUUCCUUUAAUCUGGCUCCUCCACUUUGCCUUUUUGGUCACAAGAGAGAAGUGAGCAAUUUCUGAGGACAAGCAUCAAACAUAUUUUCAAUGUCUACCCCAGGGUGAGAUGAUUCAUACUUUGCAAGAGGCUGUUUGUCCCCACCAGGACAUCUCCCUGACCAGACUGGAGACAGAUGCUGACCCUGGGGAGGCCUAGAUAGGAAUUAAUUUUCCCUGGCUACUCUGCCCAGGCACUAUUGUUCUAUCUCGUGCAUGCUGAGCAAUGAUGGCCUUUAAAAGCUUGAGCAAUGAUGGCCUUAAAAGCUUUGGGCUGGCUCCUGUUGGGUGUUACCAACCAGAUUUGAGGAGGUGGAUGGCUGGUAAAGAGUUAGGAGCUCUCAUGGAGAGUUUUCAGGACACUUUGUUCUCCCUGUCAGAAUGUGUCCACACAACCAGCACUUCUGUGUCCGGGAGCAAACCACAGUGUAACGUGCACAUGCUGUGAAAAACAACAAAAAAGGGAUUUUACCCUCUGAUUUUAGCAGUCAGGCACAUGCAACCAGUUCAGAAUUGCAUUUAGAACAAGUCAGGAAGAUUUGGAGGAUGCAGUAGCAGCUGAGGAUGCUCUGAUGUUAAUGAUGCUCCGUGUAUAUCUGUACAAAAGAGCUAAGUUCAGCUAAAUACACAUUGUAUUUUGUGUAUGAAAACACACCAGCAGAGCUUGAACAAUGUUUUGAACCUCAUGGUCUUUCACCUUCUUAUGAUUCAAGUUGCAAUUUCCCAUUGGCUUUCUUUUGGGGAAUUCAUCCAUGUGAAGAAUUACUGUGUGAUAUGACACUGUGUGAUACGACACUCUUCAGUGUCUGAAAUUACCUAGGCUUCUGCAUAUGCCUUUCCCAAUGGACUUUGUGCUUGCAGAGAAGUCUCAAGAGGCCUUUGUGUAUCAGUAUAAUCUGUAAAAAACACAAAUAUUUGGUGUGUUCAUUCUCCUUCCCUUCUACUUGUCAAUUUAGUGGCAAUGCAACCUGCUAUAGCUCUGAGAAGAACCAAGGAUGGAAAACUGUAUUUUGGCUUUUGACUGUGUCAAGGUACAAAGUUACUGGCCUGUUGGGUCUAAUACUGACCUUUUUUUGGUCAAAAUUGGUUUAAUUGGUAAUGGGAUCUGGGGUUAAUCAGCUUUGUUAUGAGGUGGAAACACAGAUAUCAACUGCUGCUUUCUAACCUUUUUUGUGGUUUGAGAAAUUGUUUUUAACAUGUAUACUGCUGUAGAUGACACAAUAAAUGUAUUAUCAUUUUGUAAAA